GAUUGAAAAUGACAAAUAAAAGCAGUAAAGGCCGGUCAGAGGAUACUGAACGUGUUGUGUUGUGUUGUCGUGUUGACAUGUUGUGCUCUGUAACGCUGUAGUGCAGUCUGCUGGACGGCAGACGUGCGUCCUGACCCUGCGAGCCUCGGCAGUGCAUCUCCUCACCGACUGCAGCCACAGAGCAGCGGCGGCGGCAGCGCGCCUGCGCAGUGCAUCCAGGGGCUCGGCGGCGUUCGGUGCUGAAGUGGGGCGGAUGGCAGAAAAACAGCGGCGAUGGACAUUACACCGCGGGAUUCCCACUUACGAUGUCGCUAAAUGAGCAUCGGGACACCGCGUUUUCCCACCUAUCACCCUAGGACACUGACAGCUCAACGAAAAAGGGAUGCUGUACUUUCACCGCUCCCUGUUCUAUCAAGUCCAUAAAUGACCCUUUCACCAAGAUCCGAGGAAGCCUAGGAGGCGACGGCGAGCGAAACAAAAGGAGCGAUUGAAAUAAGGAAGUAGGAGCAGGGAAGUCGUUCGGUCUCUCCUCAGCUCUCGCGUCCCUCUCUGUGCCCGUCGGUCAGGGAUGGUGAGACCAGUAAACUCUCUUCCCCGUGGUAAAGACGACGCCCUCGCCUCGCCCCGCACAUCCAGCCAGACAGUCCACCAGUCAGUCACUCCGUCAAACCAGCCUGCUAUCGUCCAGCAACCUAUUACCUCACGCCAUGACUGCUCUGUCUGACCUGUUUUUAGGAACUCACUAAUUCAUGCCCCGCAGUGUGAGUGGAGUGGAGAUGAGAAAAAGGCAGGCGGCACACAUCGAGGCCCCUCCCCAGGCCCCUGGACAGCCCCGACCCAACACCUGCUGCCUCUGCUGGUGCGGCUGCUGCAAGUGUCUCUGGAAUGAAGACAGGAUGGAGAGGAGUGAACGACAGACCUGCACCAAGAUGGACAGUAUUGAAGCUACAGAAGAACAACACGCCAGUCUAGAGGAGGUGCUUUCAUGGUCACGGAGUUUUGAGUUGAUGCUGCGCUCGUUGGAGGGCCGGGAGGUCUUCCGAGAGUUCCUGCGCUCUGAGUACAGCGAGGACAACCUGCUUUUCUGGUUGGCCUGUGAAGAUCUGAAAAAGGAGACGAAUUCCACCGUGGUGGAUGAGAAAGCCAGGAUCAUAUACGAAGACUACGUGUCCAUAUUGUCACCCAAAGAGGUGAGUCUGGACUCACGAGUAAGAGAAGGAAUCAACCAGACCCUGGCGGAGCCCAGCAACCUGAUGUACGAGGAGGCCCAGUUCCAGAUCUACACCCUGAUGCACCGCGACUCCUUCCCCCGUUUCCUCAACUCCUCCGUUUACAGAGACCUCCUGGCCAACAGGAGGCGCGCCUGUCUCGACACCUAGAGCCCUCCACCUCCCCCUCAUCGCCACCGAACGCCAACGAGACUACUACUUAAACUUCAAAUACUACUAUGGUGCCAGAAGUCGGGUUUGGAAAAUCUCUCCCUCUUUUUUCGAUUGAAAAGACUGAAUGAUCCGAGAUAGCUGGUUGUUUUUGUUUUUUUUUAUUUAUAUUUUUUAAGCGAUUUAUAUCCAGUUCUCCACUGGAGCCAGGUCGGCCUUUGCUGGUGGGUUUUUGGUCGAUUUGAGACCAUUAAUGCUGGCCAGUGAUUGUUGUGCUAGCAAUUUGAUGCUGUUUGUUACAGUUUGACUGGCCGACCCGCGCUGUCAGCUAUCGGUCGAAGUGGCCGACCUGAUGGCCGGCUGCUGGUUAACUGUGGACGAGGACUCCCUCAGGCGAGUGGGGACAGAAACAGAGAGAGAGAGACAAAAAAAGGACAAGCCAACCGUUCCUGUACUGUAAUAUUUAGACCUCAUGCAUUCUGCCCUCACUUUAAUACUCCUCUGACUUUACGCAUUCUCUUUUCAUGUUCCGUCGAUCUACUUCUGUCCCAUUCCUCAGACGUGUUUUGAUUUUAUUUGGUUUUACUUCGUUACUGUCCAGACAUGACACCUAGUUGUUGGUGGGAGUUGGGGCGUCUCUGCCCGUUUACCCAGUAGAAGCACUGGCUCUGCAUGUAACUCUCUCUCUCUACAGUAGCUUGACGAUGUAAGCCGCGGACUGCAACCGUUUUUUGAAUAUAGAGAUGUAGUAAGACAAGAGGACCUGUCUCUCUGUCUGGCUGUCAGUGUUCAGUGAAGGGAAAAAGUACACUCCUGCCAACUUUAAAGCUUACUGCAGUUUGUUUUAGUUUUCUUUUUUUUUUUUAAUUGAGGAGAUUUGAUGGCUUCUGCAGAAAAAGGCAGCAGCACCUACCCAUCCAUCCACCUUGUCCAUCCAUCCAUACAUCCAUCCCGUCCCGUCCGAGCACUUUUCCUUCUUUAGGAUUCUUUAACUGGGAGAAGUAAGGGCUAAAAUUGUGGUUGGGCAGCUACAUGUAUUAUUAUUACUCAUGAACUUUAAACAAAAAAAAAAAAAUCUCUCCACUGAGAAAAAUCACAAUGCCUUUACAUGUAAGGAAAAAGGCAGCACAAGCGCUGCUGGAGUUUUUUUUUCUGGAAAGCAACCACAGUUUGUCCACCGAUCCCUUCCUCCCAUCUUCCUCACCCCACCCUCCUCCUCCUCUGCCUCCUCCUCCCUCCAACUCAGACCAUCACAGCCUGACAAGCACAGGUGCCCAAUCUGGGGGUAAAAACACAGCUGGAGAAGAUAAAGACAAACCCACAAUGACUUCGAAAUAGUCAGAGAAAGAGGGUUGAACUGAGCGUUGUGGAAAGCUGGUUUGCAGCAGGCACUGAAGUAAUUGAAAGGGCUACUGAGCCCUGGCCGUUGUCUGUCAGGCUUUAGCUUUAGAUGCUAGGAUACAUGGCGGUCCCAUGACCAAUAUCACACUCUAGAUUUGUGACCCGGGUGCCAAACAUGAUGUCAACGAAGCUGUGACCUGUCAGCAGGCUGUAGAGUUUCUGGGCGAGUGAAUGUGUUGUCCUUCUGUUAGCUACUGCCCACGCAAGACGUUUUUCUACCAGAGCAAGUGAAGAGGGUUGGCGUAAUAAUGCUGACACGCCACCGUACAGGGCUAGCGAGGCGUUAGUGAUGCCACAAGCUACGGCUAACUAGGUUUCAGCAUGCUGUAGGCAAGCAGUUAGCAUGCUUGUGCUAGCCAUGCUAAUACUCAUCCGACUGCCGGCCCUCACACACUCUGGUUUGUUUUUCUAAUCUGACUUUGACAGCAUGCAAUGAUAAUGGCUGCGUGUGUACAUGUACGGUACAGUUACACACUUAACAGAAAAAAAUUUGGAAAAAAAAAAAACUUUAUGGGGGUCUUGCCAAAUGUCCCACUAACAUCUUUAGUAUAUAAAAGGACUUUUUUUGUUUUGGUUUGUUUUGUUUUUUUUGAUGUUGAUGAUGUGAACAUUUGAACCUGAACUUUGUUCCUGGCCUGUGGAUGUGCAGUAGAAAGUGCAUGAGUGCAGUAUAUGCUUUUUUAAUUUUCUGUAAAAAAUUAACUGGGCCUCCAAGUAUAUUGAUUACAUCACAUGAUGGAUUAGCUGGUGGUUAGCACAGUCUUAAAGUGUCAAUGAAACAGUGCCACCUCCUCACUGACAAAUGUCGGCACCGUGUUGCCGCCUCCUUUAACUACCUGAAAUUCACGUGCCAACUGUGGUCCAAAUUAAAUGUAGGAGUAGAUGGCGCAGGAUGUCUAGCAGACUGUUGAAGUGCAAUUGGAUGUAGGGAGUGAUUAUAGAUCGGCCCCAUUAUGUUAAAUUGGUUUUGAGUGGUUUUGUAAAUGAUUAAUCAUGACACCUUUCAGAAAAUGUUUUAAUACAGUUUAAAAAGAAAUGUAGUUUCGCUACUCAAGUCCAUUGAAUCAUGGGAUUUUGAGUUUUCCAACAGACUUAUUUUCACUUUUAGUGUUCCAAAAUGCCAACUGGGUGAAGCUGCCAGUGCAAAACCAAGCUACGUAUUUCUGCAAAAGUCGUGGAGUAUUUUGUUGUAAUUCAGCAAAACUGACACCGUGAAGUAAAGAGGGCAAGUUGAAGCCACCUAACAGUUUUGAAAUGUUACUUAUUUAAAGGUGCAAUAUGUAAGAAUUGGCCGCCUCCACAUCCUCCACAAAAAAGGAGAGCAGCAUAUCGACAGAGCAGCCGCUAACUGCUGCUAACUGUAGCCGCCGUAGGCUGGUUAGCUCUGUUAGCUGUGCAGCUAGCUGUCUGGACUGGAUUCUGGGAAAAGGGAUGUGUUGGCCUCGAUGCCGCGAGCACUGUAGCUUCAGACAAGGACGGGACAGGGCUAGCUGGUUAGCAUGCUAACUUCAGUAGCAUUCAACAUUCUUUUGAUAACUUCAGGUAAAAUUCUUACAUAUAGCACCUUUAUUCGUUUGGCAAUACAGUACUCACAUGACAUUAUUACCCACGAGGACUUUACUGAUAUUGCUUAGCUGCUCUGAUGAAGAGCUUGUGUGCAUGCAUGCGCUCAGUAACGAACCAACUCUGACACCGAAGGAUCGACUUUUCACACUUUAUUGCAGGAAACAAAACGCAUUUUUCGACGUUGUAUUUAGACAACUCCGUGCGUUUUUGUUUUUUUUUUUGACUCGGUAGAAGAAUGCCCGUCACUCCCACAGACCCCCCCUCUUCUGCGCAGCAAAGUCGCGUUUCCUCGCUGCCGAGUCUAUAUGGUAAUUAGCACGAGAAUGUUUCACCGAGAACCAGAUGAUGAAAUCAUGGUGCAAUUAAACCAAGUUUACAUUUAUAAAUUGUGAGAUGUUUUACCUUAUUGAAUACUCGUAACAGUGGGGAGGCCAACUGCCCACAGAGUGAGCAGAGCAGCCAGCAGAGGUUUUACAGCUGGCGGGAGACUCUUCGCAGGGUUUACAGGGAGGACAGACGCAGCAGAAAACCCAGGUAACAGUGUUUUACAGGGAGGACACAUGCGGCAUGAAACGCGCGUUUCCUGCUCGCCGUCCUUUCCUUUUAAUUUAUUGUGACUUUUACACAGUGGGAGGAAAAGUGCACGGUUGUUUAUUUUUUAAUAACUGCGUUUGACAUGUGGAUUUUACAAGCAACGAUGAUGAUGAUGAUGUGAAGUGAUGUAGUCAUCGCUGACUUUAGAUUUCUCGUCUUUUAAAAUUUCCAUGGGUCCCGAGCGAGGUUUUUUUUUCUUUUUUUUUUUUUUUUUCUUUUUACCGAGACGUGGCUGUGGUUUUUAUCGACUGCAAAACCAAGGUUGAGAGCUGAAAUGUCCUGAUUAGGGUGGAGGAGGUUUGCGAAGCUUUGGCCUUACUGACACGUUCAUUUAUUUUUUAUUUUUUCCUUUGUAUAAAAAAAAAAAACAAAAAACGAAACAACAACAACAAACGUCUCUGUAGGCUUUUCACUACCUCUCAUGUUGGUUAAUUUAUUUCACAUCUAGUUGUCGAUGUACAAGUUGUUUUUAGAUCUACUUGAAGCCUAACACUGUAAACAAAAAAUGUGCACAGAAAAAAUGACUAUGUAUAUGACCGGAGGGGUUAAAGAGAGCUUGGCCUAGUCGACAUUAUUAUUUGUUUUUUUUUGUUUGUAUGUAUGUUUGUUUUUAAUUGUGUUGAGCUGAACUAGAUUUUGCAUCUCUGUAAAGAAUUCAGGAAUCCGCUGUCUAAGGGCUAAUCCCAUUUUUGCCUAUGCAAAUCUGUUACUGUGGGUGAGUUGGGAAAGGGCGAGCGACUGCACCUUUCAGCUGUUUUAGAUGGACCAUGGUUUACAUUGCCCUUUGCUGAUAUUCUUCAAUCUUAUUCAGCAAAAAUGUACGCUUAUUUUUGUUUCUAUAUAAAUAUUAUAUAUAUACAUAUAUAUAUAUAUAUAUAUAUAUAUAUAUAUAAAACAAGUAAUAUACAGAGAAAGUAGUAUAUGCCUUUGUGAUGAUAAAAAAAAAGAAACCUUGCUGAAAAUAAAUGUGUUGUUGUCUGACAUUAUGUGGCUGUGUGCUGGAGUCUUGGUGAGAUGAAACAGACGACUGGAACUCAACUUCACUGACUGUAAAGUUGAUCAAAAAAAACAAAAAAACUCUCAUUUACUCAGGCUACGACACACGUAGCCGGCCAUGUGCAGUAUUUCCUAACUGAGAGGGGGAAAAAAACUUUAUUUAUUUAAGGUGCAACCACAUUGUGACUCUCUGAUGUUCAGCCUGUGAGGUGGGAGAAAGAUAUUCGGGCCACUUGUCAUUUUUCAUUGUAAAUGUUUGGUCAUAUUUAAAGCAAGACUAUGUAACUUUUGCUAAGCCAAGGCCUUUUGUUGUCACAGCUGAUGGAUACGGGAUAUGAUAAAGUAUGUAAAUGUAGCACAAUUAGAGAAGAGACAAGUCAUAGGCCCAAUCCCAAUACACUGCUCGCUCUGACCACUCAGCCCUGCUCCUCUGUUUUGCUCGUUUACGGCCUGAGGUAUGAUGUCCCAACACUUGUUGGGCUAGACGGGUGAGGUUAGGGUUAGCGUUUAAAUGUAUCAUGGUCAUUUUUUACGCCUCAGCACAGGUGACAGCCUUGACCAUCCAUCCUGCGAAGUCUUGAGGGAAUUUCUUCAUAUUUUAUAAAAAUGUCCACUAUAGCUCGAGGAUGAACUAAUUCGAUGUUGGUGGCAAAGGGUCAAGUUUAUUGAGACCUUACCGCGCCCAGUUCUUGUGAACGUGUGGUUUAAAAUAUGCCUCGAGGGAAUUUCUUUAAAUUUGGUCAAUUUUGGGCCAUAACUUAAGAAUUUAAAGAUAAUUUUGUUAAGAGUUUAUCAGUCUAAUAUGAUAAAAUGAGAGUUAUUGACAUUUGAUACCCACUUGAUACAAACAUUUGAUGUAUUUUUAGAGGUUAAAGGCACUGUGACAUCAUAAUAUUCUGCUAAAAAUGUUAUGGCUAUUAUUCAAGACUUUAGCUAAAGACAGCAACUUGACUGGUGCACAGAGACAAACAACAUAAAUUAGGUAAUUGUAGUUUUAAAUGAACAAGCAUAAAAUGAUUUUUUUUAAGAUUUCUGAUAUCUCGGUAGCUAUUUCACAUAGUAAUGGCUGAUUUUUGCACAUCAGUCUCACGUUUCUUCAUACUGAAAUGCUCCAUUCCACCACUUUGACACAUGAUGCCCCAAAUUUAAGCUAAGUGCAGUAGCAAGGCUGUUGCACUCAUCCAAGAGACUGGCAGGGUAAGAUCACAGGUCGCUAAUGCUAGCCCAUAAAGCACCGUUAACAUUAGCAACCAGGUGAAAAAGUAGUGCUCUUUGUUUGAUAGCACAAAGUUAUAAACAGAUCGUGAGUGUCAAUUUUGUCAAUAUCCACUGCAUUUCAAUAACGGUAAGAUUGCCACAAUAAAGCGAGAAAUCACCACAGCAGGAUAAUGUUGGAAAUGUAUGGUCGCGUCUAUAUAGAUAAAUGCAAAUGACGACAACUGGCGAUGUAUGAGGGUCUUAAAGUGGUGUCCCAUUUCAUAGGUGGAGAUUGCAACCACCACAAUUCGUACCUCCUUCGUAGGGGCAGGGGAGCAUUCAAAAACAAGGGGUCAGGGUCAAGAUUGGAAAUUGGGAUUGGGCUUUAGAAUUAGCAAGCUGACAUUAGCCACCGCAAGCUAGCGGCCACACUAGGCCAAGUAAGGCUGUAAUGUUAAAACUUUAGAAUACAGUAUGUGCUGAAUUGAGAAAAGGUGCAUUAUUUCAUGAAAUUGCACUUGUUGGAUUUGCUCUGUAUUAUUUUUCUCAUUCAAAAGUUACGUAGUCUCACUUUGAAGGGCCAAGUUGGAGCAAACCUGGAGUUCUUAAUGGAAUCUGCCUUUGAGAUGUGCACUGUCCAUACAUACGUCACAUUUUAUAACCAGUAACCCAUUAACAACAUUUUUUUUAAAAAAAAGAUCCACCUGUCGUGUAAUAAUUAACAUCUUACCAUGAUUAUGUUGUUUGUCAGUGGACUCGUAAUUAAACGAGUGCAGUGCCGUGUCAUCAGCAAACAACAGCAGCUUAUUUUUCUAUUCUCGUUCCUUUUGUAGCCACAUCCAGUCAGACUAUCACUGUGUUAAUACGGUAGCGUUGAUGCAGACCACAUCAGCAGAAGCGGGGUUUUUCUCUACUUUUUGUAAUACUCCGCUAAUGCAAGAUGUAAAAAGAAGUCAGUAAUAAGUUACUUGAAAGACCAUUCGCUCAGCUCUCAGGAGCCACUUUUCGCUUCGAGUUGAGGUUUAAUUUUGGUCUGAUAAUUUAUUUUUUUUGUACAGAACAUUUAGCUCUUGGUAAUGAGAACAGGAGGGUCGAUGUACAGAUUUUCCCCCCACAGUUUCCUCACAGUGCAUCGUGGCUAAAGAAAGACGGGUUUGUCAAGUGAUGUUGGUUUGAAACCUGCUUCGUUUUGUUUCCCUUCGGUUCGAUUCGGUGCCUCUUUACGCUUCACAACAGACCUCAAGAUCUCUUUUUCUCUGUCUGCAUCACUUUCUCUUUCUCGGGCUCUCGCUUCCUCUCUCUGUAAAAUCACACAUACGAUGCUGUUAAUAGCAGUUACAGCAAAAAAAAAAAAAAAAAAAAAAUCACACCGAUGUUUCCUCCUACAUUAAAAUCGUCACCCCUCGUAGUGUCUCUUUCGUACCUCUUCCAGAGGUGUUUGUGCUACUUUGGGAAAAGAGAUUGUGUCCGGGCAGGUACUGGUUGAAGUUGGGUUUCAACAGUUUUAGGCAAUCACUUUUCUCUUUAUUGAUUUAGAUGCCUAAGCCUCUUGGUUCUUGUCAUGCCUUUGUAGAUAGAUCAAAAGUGGUUGAGAAACGAUCAGCAGGUGAAAAAUGAAAAUAAUUUUACUGUCACUUUGGGCGAUUAAAAAAAACAAGUGACUUUUUUCUAUUCAGCAUGCUUUUUGCUAAAUAAAUGAAAUAAUUCAGUUAUUUGCUAUAAACGAUACUGUAUGAGUAUGUAUUCAAGUACUGCAGUAUGCAGACAAUUAAAAAUAUCAGAAACUCUUUUGAGAGGUUCAUAUUUUUCUUCUAGUAUGUUUCACUAAUAUUGAUGGUUAUGGGUUCUUACUUCUUGUUUUGAGUGUUAUGAAUUGCCAGAAUGACUAAAUGACCCUCUUUGUAUUAACAAAUAUGGUUGUUAGAAACAUGCAUGACUUGCAGAGCAAUUUAACCCGGACAGUGCUAGUGCAGCAGGCUUUAGAUCAAGAGUCUGGUCAGUUGAGCUCGAACUUUAAUUUAUUAUUGAUGACGACUGAGAGCCUGGCUGUUCUAUUUACAUCGAGGCGGGCGAAGCUUUAUCCUUGUGGUCACUAAGGGUGAGCAAGGCAGAGUGGACUGAUAUCCUGCCACACAAAGUAAAUGUGACCUCAGGUCAUGAGUUCAAUGGCUUGUGCAACCUCCUCAAACAUCUCAGAGCACUGUGUCCCACUGUGUCAACCUUCAGGGUCGUGUUGCCCAAGGAUCUGAUUACUUUUCUUCAGGACUUUGAAUUUUAUCAAAGAAACCUGAUCAUCAAUCCGUGAUUGGCAGAAGUGCCCUGAGAUGCAGAAAUCCCUCAAGUGUAGCAUUGAAAAGACUUUUCUACCGUAUUAGUCCAACACCAUCCUCUGUUGUAGAGAAGCACAGCAGGGACGGGACUCAGCUAGCCUCGUCUUGUAAAUGUAAAAUCUUGACUAUAAGACAGAGCUGGUUCAAGAAAUACUUAAUUAUGUUGGUAUUGGCAAUUAUCUGCAUAGUAAAAUACAGAUGCAAAUGUAGAAUCAAGAUUAAAGAAAUAUUUACACCGAGGACUAGUUUAGAAAAUUUGACUCACCUCACAGCUUAAAUUGACAUUAGCUGCGGAGGCUAAAACUGUAGUUAAAAAAUUUUUGGCAUGGAGAGUUGUUUAAGAUGUAGUUUGACUUUUUUGGGGAAUAACUUCUUCACUUUCUUGCCAAGAGUUAGAUGACAUGAUUGAUCCCACUCUCACGUUUGUGCAGUAAGAAUUAAGCUAACAUUACACAGCCAGCAGCUAGUUAGCUUAGAUUAGCUAGGACUAGCAAGCCAGGCUCUGUUCACUUCUUCAGAGUGCUUGUUUCAUCUUGUUUGUUCAAUUUGUACAUAAACCAAGAGCAAACACAUCCACUCAUCAUUUUGGUGGUUGGGGGGGGGUAUAUUUCAAAUGAUUCCAAGACAACUCAAGAAAUAGUAGUUAUGCUUAAUUCAGCUAAUCAGCUCCUGGCUAGCCUCUGGGCUGCUCAGCUAACUCUCUGCAAGUGAGUAAGCAAAUUUCCCAAAUGUCAAGUUACUCCUUCAAAAGAAUAUGAAAAAAUGAUAAUAAAUAAAUAAGUAAGUGAAUAAAUAAAUAAAUAGAAGACAGAGAAGAAGGACAUAUAAGAAAUAGUUCAACAUUUUGGAAAAUAAACACAUUGACCAACAUUUACAUGACAAGAUUGAUACCACUGUCACAUUUCUACGCUAACUAUUAAACUAACGCCAGCAGCUAGCUUUCAUAGAUAAGCUAGUAUUAGCUAGCUAAACUGUUAUCCAGGCUCUAUCGACAUCUAAAGAGCUAUUAUUUACCUUGUGUAACUUGUAAAAGUGUAAAAACAAGGGCUAUAUAUGUCAAAUUAUUACAAGAUAGCUAAAGAACAUACAUUUGCUAAAUUAAGCUAAUCGGCUGCUAACUUAAACCUCUGCUCAGUUAACUCUUGGCAAGUAAGUAAGCAAAUUUCCCAAAGGUCAAGUUAACUUCUUCAAAAGAGUAGAGAUGUGUAAAAUUUUGAAAAAGAGAAGGAAAAACAAAGGUUGAAUUUGCCCGACACAGUGGUCAGAUGUCCCGGUACGUAGGCUAACAUUAGGCUACAACAAUGCUUCUUUGGUGGUAUGUGCCAAAAUUAUUAUCUACCUUUUUUGUUUCAAUGUAAAGGGGUCAAAAUAAAUGUUGGAAUAUAAACUCACAUGUUCUGCUGGACUCAAAAUGUUCCUCACAUUUUUGUUAUUUGUCUUUUCACGUUGCUGUUGUCGUGGGUUUGUGUCAUCUUUUCUGAAUCGUCCACAUACUUCACAGAGCUGAAGACUUUCUGUACAGGCACUGAACAUGUUGAAGUGUGACUGAUGUGGGAUCACAAGCAACAAUAUCGGAUCCAAAAGAACUGUAACAGGAAAAGAAAAAAAAAAAGCUGUUCACCAUUUUUGAUUUGUUUUGUACUGUUUUAAUUUAUUUCAACAGGUUUUAUUUGAGUCACUGUUUUUUUGUUGGUUUUUUUUUUUCAGCUCAAAAGACGCAAAAAUUGUUGUUCAUCAGCCUCUGACUUCAUAUGAGUUACCAUCACGUCAACAGCGUGUUUGGUUGUGGUACGUUUUUUGAUCUACGGUUCAGUCUCUGUCCUUGUUUACACAAUGACAUCUUGCAUUAAGAGAAAAACUUCAAUCAAUGGUAACUGCCCUUGAAUAUCUGUAAUUAAAAUAGUGCUGCUAGAGAAAGAAAUCUAAAUGUAACAACUUACAAUAAAUACUUAAUAGAUUUUU